GUGGGUGUGUCACUUGACACAUAAAUACCUCCAGUGAGUUCAUUUUGACUUGAACUAGUCAGGGAAUCUCAUCACACAUCUGUCCUCGUAACUCUUAUUGGUCGUUGCAUCACUGAAGGAAAUGUCUCUCCGUGGGACUCUCGCGCUCCUGCUGUUCCUCGCGUGUCUUUCACAGCUCAUCUUCACUGCUGAAAGCAUUAGGGGAGCGAAGAGGAAAAUAGCGACGCAGGAGAGACGAGGUGAUAAUAAGGUUUCCAUAUUCAAAGGAAAGUUCACAACCAAGGACGAGACGCAGUGCUCGUGGGUGGCGCGCGGAGAGGACAAGUACAUCAUGAAUGUUACAUGUAAUACUGGAAACCGGAAUGGAUUCUCCUGUAAAUACACUGCCAAGCCUGCAACGUGCACUGAAUAUGGGUCUAAUCCGGAGGGCUACUGGAAGCAGAUCGCCAGAUCAGUUAAAAAACAGAAGAAGCUUUGCAAGGAUCCGCGCGCAAAGAUCCGAGCGGGCAUGUGCAAGAGCGCGCCGCAGGAUGCGCAUUUCAAGCUCACUGAAACGUCACAAGCGAAACCCCCCAAGACAGAAAAGACACAGAUAACCAAGAACACAACGCUUCCGGACACUAAGCGCCAGUGCACGGAGCGCAUUGACCACAGUGAACUAGCGAAAGAGAAGUGCGGAGAUUCCUGGGCGAGUCUCUGCUCGUUUCUCUUUACUGUUAUUCAGAGCGGAGACUGUUAAGCGUUCACCGUGUAUGCAUACAUUUGUGGGUAAUUUUGUAAUGGGCUACUACUGUUCUUUUUAAGGUGUAAACCAUUGCGUUUUUUUAUUGUAAACACAGAACACGCACUGUACUGAUUCUAACAAUUAGGAAGGUGUUUUGACCAUUGUGGCACUAAACUGAACACAUUUUGAGGGGUGAGAACCAGAAAGGCGUAAGUGACAUUUCACCAAAAAAUUACCAUAGUUUGAUCUGACUUUGUGUAUUUGUACACUCAUGGACGACAGUAUAUUUUGCCAGUAUUCAGAGUUCAUCAAGAGCUUGAUACACAUAUCUCCAUUUCACCCAAAAUGUCACUUACGCCCUCUGGUUCUCACUCAUCGAUUUAUAGUUUUAAUGUUGACAUUUCAUCGGAUAAUAGUGAUAUGUUAUUUAUGUUAUGUUGAAUAUUACGUUUUUAUUUAUAUUUAUUAAAGGGGCAUUUUGAGGGGUGUAGGAAAGGUAAAUACGUUGGGAGUUAUUUUUAUUUCUAAGUAAAAUGUUUAAAUAGACCCUUAGGGUACGACGAACCCCUCAGGGGCUGAAGGACCCCAGUGGCUUUUUGUUGUUAAUUUCAUGUUUAUUAUCGGCCUAAAUCAUUUAUUUUAUAUCAUUCAAUGAAUUUGAUUUGAACAAGGGGCAAGAUAUACCUUUUAAAUCAUUUAAAAUUAUUUUGUGUUAACAGCUAAAUUUACAAAUAUGUAAACUUAUUUCUUAUAAUAAUAAACUGGAUGAGGCUUCAUCCUCACUAUCGUCUUCAUCAUUCAUAUCCAGAUGUUACACUCUUUUACCAAAUGUACAUUAUUUUCUUUUGUCUACUGUAAGAUACAAGACACACAUUGCAUUGUAACUAUUUAUGAUAUGCAAAAUAAAUAUUUUUAUGUAUCUGUGUUGAA